AUGACUAUGGCACAUCAACCAGGACACCCAGAAGAUAGGUUCAUUUUACAUUGGCUUGAUGACUCUCGGUCACAAAGAAUACUAUGGUUAUUGGAAAUUCUUCAACUUGAUUACGAAGUGAAGAUAUAUUUGAGACAUCCGGAAACAUGGCGUGGUCCAGUUCAGUUAUUCGACGCUCAUCCAACGGGGAAAGCACCAGUAUUGGAAAUUAUUUUCGGUGACGGGAGACCAAGUAUGAAACUCGCCGAGAGUGGAUUUAUUAUGCAAUAUUUGUUACGAUUUUAUGACCCCAAUUAUAUCUUGAAUCCAACCGAGCUUGGCCAACAAUUAGAAGUUGAUUACUGGCUACAUUACAGUGAAGGUUCAUUACAGCAUCUUAGUAUAACAUUGUUGAUCAACUCAGUAGCUAGACAUAUUGCACCAUUUGGUUUGAAAGGUAUGGCUAAGUUGGUUACAAAGGGGUUGAAUAAUGGAUACUAUAUUCAUGAGUGGAGGUUGUGUAUGCAAUACUUGGACGAUAGGUUGGCACAAAAUGGAACUGGAUUCUUUGUGGGCAACAAAUUAACGGCAGCCGAUGUUAUGUUGAGCUUUCCUAUCUUUGAAAAUGUUUUUGAUAAUUUGGAUGGAGUUAGGGAGAUCACUCAUGAUAAACGAGAUUUGAGGAAAGUUUGGCCCAAUUUGGCCAAGUGGAGUCGGAUGAUCAAAAAUAUUCCUAGUUAUAAAAAGGUGAACCAAAUGAUGGAUGAAGAAGUAGAGGAUUUAAUUGCGUUGAAUCCUAAGUUUGACUACGUUAAACAGACUUGA